UCCCAUGGCCGGCCGCAGGCUCUGAAGCAGGGAUGCUGUUGCUGUGGGCACUGCUGUUAUGCUGGGGGGUGCUGCCCCAAGCCCGAGGGACAACCCACACUCCUCUCUUCCUGCGGAUCUACAAGAGCCAGCUGGAAACAGACAUCUCAAAUUUAUUAUCAGAGAACCAGGUCCUGGAGGGUGUGAUCAGGAUGGCUGUGACUGGAUCCCCAAGUGAGGGUGUGUCUGUCAUGGACCCCCUGCCCUUCGUUAGAGAGGAGCUUGUUGGGAAGAAGAGUGGGCUGGAUCUGUCGUUGGUGGGGGACCUGCUCUCUGGGAAGACUAUGCCUGAGCUGAAGAAACUGCUGACGACAGCCGGGUUGGUCAUAGAAGAUGCCAAGGGACCAGAAGUCACCCUGCAAAUUCUAAGUGACAGCCUGCUGCAGAUCACACUGCGCUGCAAGCUGUACCUCUCAUUCCUAGAGAUCCUCUGGCUGGAAGCCAUCAAGAACAUACGAAUUGGAGUACGGCUAGAACAGAUAGGGAACAAGACCCAGGUGGCCUUCGAGGAGUGCCACACACCACCCGGAAGCCUGAACAUCAAGAUCCUGAAGCGAUCAGACACCCUGUUGCCAAACCAACUGCUGAAACUGGUGACCAACACCCUGGAGAAAUCCCUGCCUUUCCUCCUCCAGAAGAUAGUGUGCCCUGUGGCCACAAACCUGAUCAACUUCCUGCUGGAAGACAUACUACACAUCAUUCUUCCUCCUGUCAUCUCUGGUCCCGAUGAUUUCCAGUACUACGUGACCACCACGGAGUUCACAGAGGGAGCCAUCCUGAUGAGAGUGGAGCUUGUGACUCCCUGUGGCCCACACCAGCGGGCACCAAAGUCAGAACACAUGGUUCCCCCACCUCUCCCAGGAUUAUCCCAGAACAGCAUGGCAGAUCUUGCCUUUUGGCUAGAAAUCUACAAUGACAUCCUGGCCUGUCUCUACACCAGCCAGGAGAUCUCUGUGGAGCCCCGGGACUCCUCGGAAACUGACCUCUGGGAGCUGUUAUCCCUGAGCAGCCCGCAGUCCCAGCCCAAGGCUUAUAAUCUGACCCGAGGGAGCCCGGGCCUGAUCAUCAGCGCCCCAAACCCCCCCACCGUCCUCCUUGAUGGCCGCAGCACCACGGUCACCCAGCAGGGCUUACUGAUGCUGCAUGGGACCAAUGCCUCCUCUGAUGCAGUUGCCUGGCAACUCCUCUGCAGAGGCAAGUUCUCCUUAAGGAGUCAGAAACAGCAACUCCAGUUCGCACCACAAGGCGCUGUGGUCACCUUGGGCCCCUACCCCACUAUCAUUAAGGAGCAGGAAGAGCGCCUGAAGACCUUGCUCUUGGCUGUCCUGAAGAGGUGGUUCCUGCCUCACCACAAUGAGUGGCUCAGCGAGCAUAGCCUCCCACUGCCCAACAUCAAGGGCGUCUCCUUCAGCCUUGCCCAAAUGGACUUCUCUGAGGAUUACAUCCUGCUGACCGUUCCGGAGUAGCUGCUCUGCUGGGGCCCUGUCCCUGCCCACAGCUGCACGUGGUCAAGAGCCCAAAGCCCACGAUCAGCGGCAGUUCCAGUGGAGUCCGCAGCUAGAAUAAAGAUGUUUCCUCU